AUCUGGAUUUUCUAGGGUGGAAUUUGUUGAGGUAAAUUGUAUACAUUGUAGGAAAAUUGAUGACAGAGGGCCGUGGCCGCGCACGCAUCGGUGAGGCCUUGCGGAAUCCAAUCAACCACGUCCACCUCAUCAUCUACGUAAGAUUUCGUAAAAAAUCUAUGAACAGUUUCCUGCAGCUCCUCGCGAGCGUCCCUGCCCGAGACCGCGCCGCCGCUUGCCAUCGCCUGCACCGGCUGGCCUCGCCGGAGCAGGGCCACCGCGCCUGCACCUCCCCGCCGCCUGGAGCCUCCCGAGCCUCUGCUCGAGCGAGCCGUCGGCUCCCUCCUCCUCUCGAGCGCUGCCCGAGCACGGUCCCGCAUGCCCCGCCGUGGUGCGCCGCCGCCGGCCGAUCCUGGCGCCACCGGAGCCCCCAGCCAUCGCCGUCGCGUUCCUGCCACCGGUCGACCCGCGUCGGCCCUGCCUCCUCGCGCCAGACCAGAUCUGGAUCGAUCCCUCCGCCAGCCAUGGAGCUUGGGAAUCAAGCAUGGUCGCCAUGGUUGUGCUUCCUCCACAACUCCAUACCUCCCUCUGUUUUUUGUCUGAAGGAAGAAGAUGAAGUUUCUGUAACAAAGUGAUUGUUUCAGAAACUCGAGCGUUGUCCCAGGAAUUACUCGAUGCCCACGAAGCGCGCGCGAAGAAAAAAACCCUGCAACAAAGCGAUUGUUUCAGAAACUGGGGCAUUGUUUCAGGAAUUACAGGGUGUCCAUCCAAAACGUCGCGCGCGGAUCGGACGGCUAUCAAGGUGGAUGAUAUUUUCUAAACAUCACCCGACGGAUGCGUAGCAGCCCCCUAUCUAUAAACUCCUAUAAACCUAUAAAUGUGUAGUAUUACUGUUGCUACACCUACCUAAACCGUUUUAUGUGAUUAACGUAA